AUGGCUACCAUAUACAGCGGCGCGCCGUCCACUUCGCGUUUCCCGUUCACACACACGCAUUACACUUCCAACGCUGACGCCGCCGCGCAGAUGCAAAUGCAGCAGUUCCGAUACGGUGGCUACGCCAUGGAGAAUCAGAUGGAGGUCUCGUCACCGCCCUCCUUAGCGCCGCCGGGCGCCACACUCGGCCUUCUGAGCAAACAGCAAAUGUACGCCGAGUCUAAUGCCAUGCGCCUAUCAUCGCCAGUGUACAGCAACCAGCAGAACGUGUCGAGUAUGUAUAUGCAGUCUAUGAUGAACAAGAUGUAUCAGCCACAGCAGCCUCAUCCUCCUCCCAUGGAUAUUCCCCACCAACAGACAGAAGUGCUACACGUGUCGCCCGGCGUCCCUACGCCGGUAGAGCUGUCUAUUUAUGAGAACAAGCAGCCCACGGGAUUUUUACAUGUGACUGUCGGCAACCAGACUGUCGAGUUCUUCGACGGGGUAGCCAACAUGCCGCAGAAGCGGUAG